CAGGGGGGGAGGAGAGCCCCCCCCCGCGCCGUGCAAGCGGCCCUGCACGGUGUGCAAUUGCCCGGCGCCCCCCCGCUGCACGGGGAGCUGCGAGAAGCGCCGCUGCACGAAGAUCUGAGCGCGGUGCAGUUUGCAUCUUUGUUGCAAAACUAGCUCCCGGAGAGAGAGAGAGAGAGAAAGAGAGAAAGAGAGAGGGAGGCAAAGUCUUUUGUGCCUCCCCUCCCCCACCAAAGCAAAGGGGAAAAUGUCUCAGGCGAGAGGCAAGAAGAGAAACCCUGGGCUGAAAAUUCCUAAGGAAGCCUUUGAGCAACCACAGACAAGCUCCACGCCACCCAGAGAUCUGGACUCCAAAGCCUGCAUCUCCAUUGGCGAGGAGAACUUUGAGGUGAAAGCCGACGACCUGGAGCCCAUCUCCGAGCUGGGACGAGGUGCGUACGGGGUGGUGGAGAAGAUGCGGCACAUGCCGAGCGGGCAGAUCAUGGCCGUGAAGCGAAUCCGAGCCACGGUGAACAGCCAGGAGCAGAAGAGGUUACUGAUGGAUCUGGAUAUCUCCAUGAGGACGGUAGACUGCCCCUUCACUGUCACCUUCUAUGGGGCACUUUUCCGAGAGGGAGAUGUGUGGAUUUGCAUGGARCUGAUGGAUACCUCACUGGACAAAUUCUACAAGCAUGUCAUUGACAAAGGCCUGACGAUUCCUGAAGACAUCUUAGGGAAAAUAGCCGUCUCUAUCGUAAAAGCACUAGAACACCUACACAGUAAGCUCUCCGUGAUCCACAGAGAUGUAAAGCCCUCUAACGUGUUGAUCAAUACGCAGGGGCAGGUGAAAAUGUGCGAUUUUGGAAUUAGCGGUUACCUCGUUGACUCGGUUGCUAAAACCAUGGACGCGGGAUGCAAACCCUACAUGGCUCCGGAAAGAAUUAAUCCAGAGCUGAACCAGAAGGGAUACAGUGUCAAAUCUGAUAUCUGGAGCCUGGGAAUCACCAUGAUCGAGCUGGCCAUCCUGCGCUUCCCCUACGACUCCUGGGGGACGCCCUUCCAGCAGCUCAAGCAGGUGGUGGAGGAGCCGUCACCGCAGCUACCGGCGGACAAGUUCUCGGCGGAGUUCGUCGACUUUACCUCGCAAUGCUUGAAGAAGAAUUCCAAAGAACGGCCAACAUACCCAGAGCUUAUGCAACAUCCUUUCUUCACCCUGCACGAAUCCAAAGAGACAGACGUCGCCUCUUUUGUCAAGCUCAUCCUGGGAGACUGAGAACUGGACCCUUGUAAAUGAAUUGCCCUUCUGUGGACUGGUGGGUGCCGGGGAGGGGCGCGUGGCCGGACUCGCCAGGAGAGCCCCAACCGAGAGCCACCGGGUUUUGUUUUGUUUUGUUUUUAUUCUGAGAAACCCUCGCCUCGCCGAAGUUUUUAAAAGGGUUCUUUGGUAUCCAUAGUGACAUAGAACGAGCUGGUUAGUGAAAUGAAUUUUAAUGAGAUUGGUAACCGUAAAACAAUCGCGAAGCAACAACGGCAACGACAAAAAUUUUUAAGAGUGAUUUACGUAUUUAAUGACAUUCGGGAUCCCUCUUUCCUCACUUGCUCCUCAUUCCCCGUCCCUUCCUCCUGAACCGGAAUUUGCUUUGUCAUGGUAAUAGGUGCUAUGGUAGUCAUGAAGUUGUAUGUAGAUUUAUAUUUUGUCCCUUCCAUUAUUUUAAUAUUUAUGUUAAGUGCUCGACGGAAUAGAUUUCUGUUUUAUGUGAGGAUGAAUGCGUGGUGAUGAUGAUAAUGCCAAAUGAGGCCACAGAAGGGGAUAAUUGCAGGGCUUUGCUGGCGAGAAGGUGUCGCAGGAAAGGAGGAAGAAGAGAGGAAGUGCCUGUGUGGUGGGAAGUAUUUAAUGUGCAUGGUAAAAAAGAGUUUAGAAUCAAGGAUCUCGAUUUGGCUCCUUUGCGGGGGCCGGGAGGAAGGUGGAGCUGGUGGGUUCCUGCCCGUGGUUAUAUCUGUGCUCCGGUCGUGGUGACAGCCCCCUUGCCCUCGCUCCCAGACUGUUCCUCUUGUUGGAGGCUUUCCCCUACAACCUGCUGCUCUGACUCCCUCUGUGUCUUUUCCGUAAUAGGGGAAGAGAAGUCCUCGGAGAAGGUCGGGGCAAGGAGAUGGGCUUGCAGGAGCCCCUGGUCAUCCUGCUGCGAACGGGCACAAGUGUAUUCAGGCUCUGAAGAAAGCAGUUUGCAAAGCCGGGGUCUGCCCGUGGGGCUGUCUCUAAAUGCAGACACUCGGGGCCARAUCCCAACCUUCACCAUCAAGGUGGAUGCUCAGCAGGACAAAGUCCAGCCCAGGGUCCAACCCUUUGCCACCCACGAGAGCAGGGCUGGUGUUGCAGGCUGGGCUCCUAGGCUGUUGUGGGUGAAAUCCAGGGAUUUUUCGCCUCGUGGUGUAAUGCUGAAGGACCUUGCGGGAUUCCCGACCACUCCUGUCCCCUCCUGGGCUGGGUGCACGUGUCCGGUUCCGCUCGCUCUCCUGUCGGCGCAGGGUCCUCGUGAUUCCUCAUCCUCAUCCUCAGCUGCCGCGCAGAGUCCGGCCAGCCGCUCUGGGGAGCUGCUUCCAGCAUCAAUUCUCCCUUUGAAAAACAUGACAUUUAAAACCACCCUUUGGUUUUCCUACAUAUGGAUCUGAUGCUUCUCGUUAAAGAUUGUUUUUGCUGCUUUUCUCCUGGAAUAUAAAUCUCCUUUGGACACUGCAUCUCCUUGACCUCAAAGCACCUUUAUUUCAGUGCCACUCUAAUUGACGGGCUGAAUUUAUGCGAUACUGUCAGAGUUCAAUAUUAAUAGCAGAUAUUAAUGUCACCAGYGUUUUCCAAUAGAAAAUUAAUGUCAGUGUUGUCUGCAGCUAGUAUCCCUCUGCUACAAGGAUUCCUGCAUGCCUCGACACUACAUGCUGAGUGCUUUGCUUUCAUGCUUUUUGCUCUUGCCGGGCUUGGGUCGCCUCAUCCCUUUGUUUUUAUGACAUUAUUACAAUGGGACAUGCAAGAAAAUAACUUCCCUCCCGGUCCUCCAYGACUUUGUUCCUUGAAAAGUCAUUUGCGCCAGCACAAGUGGAUCUGGGUGACCAGUGUGACUUAGAAAAGUGGUCUAAGUGAUCACUGCUUGCACCGACCCUGGUUUUUCUUGGACACUUGAGCAGGUGGAGAGAUAAAACUUCAUGUCCUUGGCGGCUCUGAAAAUGUGCCGGGCUUCAAGACAGGGAUCUGCUCCUUGGCUCUUUCAUUCAKUUGAAACCUCUACUCAGAGCUGAGCCCAGAGCUGUGGCCUCAAYGUGAUGCUCGUGCCCUCUUCUCUGCCUUAUUCCUGCAGGGAGCUGGUGCAAAUGCCUCACGGCUCCCGAUGCUGCUGGGCUCUUGAGGUCUUACCAUCACUAGCUUGUGCUCUCUGACUGUGGUUCUCCUGCAGAUCGGCUGUGGAAAACCCAUUUCUGGACUCCCCACAGGUCUCUAAGACUUCACCGAGAAGUUGGAGAGCAUUGUUGGUCACUUUGUUGGUCUACGUGUUGGGUUCAUGUUGCUGCCAUGGGUGACUUGCCCAUCUCCUCUGGAGAUUUUCCAGGUGGACAAGACUUCACAUGGAUAUCUAUGUACUGUAUUUCUGCCUUCCUUCCUGGMUUCUGCUCUGCUUAUGAGCUUGAAGGAAACAUUUCUGAUGUGUUAGWGAGGUGGGACCACCACUUCCAGAGGCAGCUGGCCCAUCCUGGUAAAAGGGGGAGCUGGUGACGUUGCCCAAGUUUUGAACAGAAGAAGGAAGGUUUUUGGGGCAGAGUUCCUGAUCUUGGUGCACAGUGGGGACACAGAGGUGUCCAUAGGUAAUGCAUGCCCGUGGUCCUGGUUUUUGCCUCUUCUUGGCAAACUAGAAUCUACCUGCACAUCUCCAUUGUUUCCUAGAUGUUUUAGAUGAGGAAACCCGGCUCUGCUGAUGCAACAUUGCAUUGGUGACUGGUCCGAUGUAGUUCAGAUGAGGUUCCCACCAGCUCCCUUGUUUAACAGACCUCUUCUUUAUUAAAAACAARCCCCAAACUCCUCUCUCAGAAAAACCAGCCAAGAUGCUCUUUCAUUUUCCUCUCUUCCAUCUUGUUCCUCUUAGAGGGACUCUGGGAGCCCGUCAUGGUGCUUUCACUCUUUCAUAUGCCAAAGAUUGUUACAUCCCUCCUAGCUGUGCUUCUGCCAAACCAGAUCUUAGAGUCUUGCCUCAAAAAUCAUCCACUUCCCUGCUCCUUGGGGUUCCUUCUGUUGCUGUUGCUUUUUCAUUGAAUUUCCGCAUGUUUAUUGACAUGUCUAUUGUUGAGCUUCCUGGACACAUGCAGCUCGCUUGUUCGGGUGCAGAGAAAGACAAAUAGCUGCCUUCCCUGGCCUGCUCCUGCUGCUGGGGAAAUACUGCUAGCAAUAGGGUUCCUGCCGAUGGGGAUGGGUCCCGCUCGGCACGAGGGUCAGCACGGUGUGCGCUGGCAUUGCUCCACCGGCUGGGCUGGAGUGAGGCCAGCUGUGUCCAGCUGAGAAUCUGUCCUUAACGUCUAAACAGUUAUUACCCACUAAUAAAGAUUAAUGAUUGUAAAUCCCCGAGGAUUAUACAUAAAAUGGCAAGUUUUAGUCAUUAAUCUUUAUUGCUGUAUUAUGGCUGUUUAUGUCGGAGGAGUCCUCGCUCUCUGUUCCGAGUCUGCGUUUGGAAAGGGGGAACUGAGCGUGGGGGUACGUGAAAGAUGGACCUAGCAGASCAGAUGUCCACAUGUUUUACAGUCUGUGUCCUCCCCGCCAGGUCRGUUCUUUCCUUGAAAGCUGUUAUGCAGCAGCAAAGGAUGUAGCACAGAGCGGGGUCUGCUCUGCUGGCCUCUGCCGGAGCUAUAAAAUCCAGAUUGUUUCUGGUGAGAAGGGAUCAGAUCUCCUAAUUAAUAUUUCAGGCYGGCCGUUGCUGGAGCAGAUGGAUGCUCCGGAGCGUGACGUGUGCUCUGGCAGCCGGGCGCUGCGGUGCGGCCGGGUUCUCUGGAGGAGAUGCUCUCCAUGCCGCGUGCAGCUCUGCUCCAAGCUGGAUGGACGCUGCUCCUUCAGCUGGCCCCACGCUGUAACACUGCGGAUUUCCUAUGGAAGAGAUGCAGAAAUUGCUUGUUUGAGUCUCGGCUGUCAUGUACUUGCAGAUGAGCCUAGGCAUGGCUUGGAGAUCAUGGUGUGGACACAAAGGUUCCUGUUGGGUGCUGGCUGGCACAAGCUGUUUGAACCUGGACGUGUUGCUUGGGGUGAAUGGUUGGGUUUGCAUGGGCAGCUCUUCCCUUGCCCAGCUCUCCUUUGCUUAAAUUUCCUUGACACAGCAGAGAAGCAAAAUAUCCUGGGAAAGUCACCUGCAGGAGGUCUUCCAGCCAAGGCUGAUUCAGCUGCAAGCGCUGCGGGGCUCGUCGGUAGGAUCCAGAGGUCAGACGUAAAUCACAGGGAAAGCGUAGGAAAGGUCUCUGCAGCUGAGUAAGAAGAGGAUUUUAUGAUUAUCUCUAAAUAGCCUAAUGGGAGCAAUGUCCAACUUGGGGGCUGCAAAGAGGAGCUCAUCCUUGGAGGAUAAGCACCUUCUGGGGGAUAUUCCUUUGGGCACCAUUGCCAUAGAUUUCCUGGAAGUGGAGCAGCUCCGGAGCCAUCCCAGCCUGGCUGAGCUGUGGUUCGGCUGUGCCGGCAGCUCCAGCUCCGUCCCCUUUCUCGAAAGGCUCCRUCUCCCUCCGCCCAAUGGCUCCAGAGGCUCUGAGGUGCCGUGAGGAUAAGCUGGGAAAAGCUUGGAAGCGUCUUAACCGCUCGGGAAGCGGAGGUGGAGAGCUCGUGCGCUCAGACGGCUUUYGGGAGUCUGCAGGGCUCUGUGGUUUCCCCUGGAGCUGCACACCCAGCCUCGCUCUUGGGUUCCUGAGGUUUGAGACGUUGCUCUCGCUUCUAGGUGCAGCGAAAUCCAGCAGCUCAACCGGGGUAAUUUUUAAAUCAAGAGAAAACACGCACAGCCCAGCAGCGCUGGCCCGCUGGGAAAGCCGCUGUUUCCUCUCUCCUGUAGGAAGAAUUCAGGCCAGCUCCGCGCCUACCCUAAUCCAUUACCUUUUUUUUUUUGCCCCAGAUUAUUAACRUUUUUAUGAGAAUCAGAGUUCUUGCUUUUACUUGCACCAUCCUGGCCUCAGUGCAUUAGUGUGGGUAAAGCCAGACCCUUCRUCUGCCCUAAGCGUCGAGCUGGAAUGGAAUAUCCAGAUAUUGGAAUAUCCAGCCUGGAAUAUCCAGAAAUGGGAUUUUGCAGGGUUUCGCGGCCCAGUUGCA